ACAGUGGCAAGAAAGUACAUCUAACUUGAGUUCCGCAGACCCGAGUUUAAAUGCGGGGCGUGGACUUAAUGCGCACGCGUGAGCCCGUUUCCAUAACGACAAGGAGACGCUGCACGCUGGAGCAGAUUGGAGAAUGAGCUGAGGCUCUCGGGAUGGAAAACCCAAUUUCAACCGAGACCGACGUGGCGGAGCUGGAGCUUGAAGCUGUGAUCGGCUUCAAUGGACACGUUCCCAGUGGUCUCAGAUGCCAUCCUGACCAGGAGCAUCUGAUCUAUCCCCUGGGUUGCACAGUCCUCAUUCAGGCAAUAAAUACCAAUGAGCAAAAUUUCCUGCAUGGCCACACUAACAAUGUCUCCUGCUUGUCCAUCUCCAAGAAGGGAGAUUACCUCGCCUCUGGACAAGUCACAUUCAUGGGGUUCAAGGCAGAUAUCAUUCUAUGGGAUUAUUACAAAAGGAAGCUGAUUGCUCGGCUGACACUGCACAAGGGCAAAAUUGAAGCUCUGGCCUUUUCUCCAAAUGAUUUAUACUUGGUAUCGUUAGGAGGCCCAGAUGAUGGAAGUGUGGUGGUAUGGAGUAUAGCCAAGAGGGAUGCUAUAUGUGGCAGCCCUGCCGCAGGUCUCAAUGUGGGCAAUGCCACCACCGUGGUCUUCUCCAGGUGCCAGGAUGAGAUGUUUGUCACCGCUGGAAAUGGGACAAUCCGAGUAUGGGAACUGGAUCUUCGAAAUAGAAAGAUCUGGCCAACUGAGUGCCAGACAGGACAGACGAAACGAAUAGUCAUGAGUACUACAAUGGCUGACGAUGACAGCUUUUUCUAUCUUGGCACCACAACCGGAGAUAUUCUGAAAAUGAACCCCAGGACCAAGCUGCUGACAGACAAUGGGCCUGUGAAGGACAAGUACAGCUUGGGAGUGUCAGCUAUCAAGUGCCUGAAGAUGGGGGGUUUGUUGGUGGGCUCUGGAGUAGGAUUGCUGGUCUUCUGUAAAAGCCCCAGCUACAAACCCAUCAAGAAAAUUCAGUUACAAGGUGGCAUCACUUCUAUCACCCUUCGAGGAGAAGGACACCAGUUUUUUGUAGGAACAGAAGAAUCACACAUCUAUCGUGUCAACUUCACAGAUUUUAAAGAGACACUCAUUGCAACCUGUCAUUUUGAAGCUGUCCAGGACAUUGUCUUUCCAUUUGGCACUGCCGAGCUAUUUGCCACAUGUGCCAAGAAAGACAUCCGGGUGUGGCACACGAUGUCCAGCCGUGAGCUGCUGCGCAUCACCGUGCCCAACAUGACCUGCCAUGGCAUCGACUUCAUGAGAGAUGGCAAGAGCAUCAUCUCAGCGUGGAAUGAUGGCAAAAUUCGAGCCUUCGCCCCUGAGACAGGCCGACUGAUGUAUGUCAUCAACAGUGCUCACAGGAUUGGAGUGACCGCCAUUGCUACCACCAGUGACUGUAAAAGGGUCAUCAGUGGCGGCGGGGAAGGGGAGGUGAGGGUAUGGCAGAUAGGCUGCCAGACCCAGAAGCUGGAGGAGGCCCUGAAGGAGCACAAGUCGUCAGUGUCCUGCAUCAGGGUCAAGAAGAACAACGAGGAGUUCGUCACCGCCAGCACCGAUGGGACAUGCAUCAUUUGGGACCUUGUGCGUCUCAGGAGGAAUCAGAUGAUCCUGGCCAACACCUUGUUCCAGUGUGUUUGUUAUCACCCCGAGGAAUUCCAGAUCAUCACCAGUGGCACAGACAGAAAGAUUGCUUACUGGGAAGUAUUUGAUGGGACAGUCAUCAGAGAACUGGAAGGUUCCUUGUCUGGGUCAAUAAAUGGUAUGGAUAUCACAGAGGAAGGAGUGCACUUUGUCACAGGUGGACAUGACCAUCUGGUCAAAGUUUGGGAUUAUAACGAGGGUGAGGUGACUCACGUUGGGGUGGGACACAGCGGCAACAUCAUGCGCAUCAGGAUAAGUCCUGGAAAUCAGUACAUCAUCAGCGUGAGCGCGGACGGAGCCAUUUUGCGGUGGAAGUACCCCUUUACCUCCUGAAACCAGCCGCAACUCCCGAGCCCCCGCCGAACCGUCCUGUGCAAGUCCAAGCUGGGUAAC